CAUCUUCAUCCAGGCCAUAAACAAAACACGUCGGCGUCCGGUCUGCAAGAUGGCUGCGGCAAGAAAGGAAAUCGACAAUUUUGAUGAUAUUGAUUUUCAAGAUGAAGUUGAAAUUAUAUGCAACUUCUUGAGAUGGGAUUCGUUUCCUAAGAGUGGUACAGAAAACUUCAAGCGUUUGUUGGAGAAAAGGGCUCAGGAUUUCUGUGUGGAAGCGUACAUUCCCACCGACGAUGCGAGCCCUGCACUUCCGUGGCAGUUGUUCUACACGGGCAGCCCCGAGAGUAGCGGCGACGAGCAAGUGGAAUACCUGCAGGAGGUGGGAGAGCCGCAGGAAGGUCAGAGCGAGGGGUCAAAGCGGUUGGUUAUUCCUCAUCCCCGGAAGCAGCGUAAUGUUUUAAGCAAAGUGCAUGAAGGAAAGGAAGGUACAGGAGUGCAUCUUACAGGUUAUGAGAUGUGGGAGAAGAUAAUUCCGGUAUACUACUGGAGGCACAUACGUACCAGUAUCAUUGACUUCCUUAAGAACUGUGAGACCUGCAAACUCCAGGACCCUGGAACUGGCCCUGAAACUAGUCCUGGAACUGAUUUUGGGACUUCAGGAAGCAGUGUCAACAAUGAUGGGUUUUCGACUUUUGAAGAAGAUGGAGACGAAGCCUUCGAGAAAUUCCAAUUAUCCAAUGAGCUUCCAUACCAUGAAGAAGUCGAUCAGGUGUACAACUACCUCAAAAAGGGCAAAUACCCAGCCAACACUACAAUCAACUUCAAGCGUUGUCUACGACGCAAGGCCCAACACUAUGUCCUAGGGGACGAUGAUGCAGAUGAAACAAACGGAGUGUCUUCAAGGAAGCUCUACUUCUUGAAGGCUCGUGAGAGGAGGGCAAGGAGGAGCGAUGCAGGGGCGGAGGGCCAGGAAGGAGAGGACGUACGCGGGAGACUUGUCGUUCCACUGGCUGGGGAGCAACAGAGGAUCCUCCAAGUUGUACACAUUGGACCAUCGGGUGGGCACUGUGGCCGUGAUAAAAUGCUCAGCUCCAUUUCCCAGGAUUACUUUUGGAAGGGCAUGUAUCAGAGCGUCGUAAGCUUCCUGGAGACCUGCAGUGAGUGUAAAACGAAACGCUCAGAUGCAAAGAGGAAAUCUUUGAACCAGCAGGAUGUCAAGAAAACUCCUACAACUAAGCAAGCUUCUAAGAAGGUGAAGAGGGACGAGAGAGUCAUGACCAGAAGCUGUACCCAAGCGUACAACAGCCUUGCCACUCAAAAAGAACACUUCAUCCGAAGAACUGUGGAGACUUUCAACUACCUCAAGGACCGUUCGUACCCGCUGAACAUCACCCCUGAUGCGAAGCGAGACAUAAGGAGGAGAUCCCACUGUUUCACCAUAGGGCAGAGCGAGGCUGAGGAAUGGCCCGGGAUUUAUGGACACUCGGAACCAGAGGAGAGGCUGUACUACCUGAAAAAAGUGCGCAGAACUGGUGGCCAAGAGGAAGUUGAGGAGGAGGACGAUGAAGAUCGUCAAGGGCGGGAGGAGAAGCCGUGCAGGCGAUUGGUUGUCACAACGGAGGAGGAGCAGAAUGUGGCCAUUAUGAAAGUGCAUGUUGAUGAAAAUGGAAUGCAUAUAUCUCAAGCGCGUACGUAUAGCAUACUUGCUGAACUCUACUACUGGUUGGACAUGAAGACCAGUGUAAAAAAGUAUAUCUACGACUGCAAUUGUCCCUUGCCACCCCAUGGGAGAGUGCCUGAAGACCAACAAACUGGAGACAGCCCUGUAUUGAAACAAUUCUCAAUUAAACUCCACAAGGUGAUUCCUCCGCCCCUUCCAGUGGCAGUGAAAAAGGAAAAGCUACUGCUACCACCGGAGCUUACCGAGCUUCCCGAAGGCCUAUCACACAUAGCUAGGAUCAGUACAGAGAUGGAGGCGCUAAUCGUCUACCUGUAUCUCAAGUGGCAGAAGUACCCUCCAGGCUGCACCGUCGGGUUCAAGCGGAUGGUGCGUAAGAAGGCCAGGUCGUUCUGUUUUGAAGAGGAUGGAGGGGACGAUGAGGAUAAGACCUGGUGGUUGUUCUAUAAAGGAGAUUCAAACAGGGGGCAGACUUAUACAGGGCAGGUGGUGGAAGCACAGGAGACUACAGGAGAUGCGACGGACAUAGAGCGUGCUCGGGUGCGGGAAGCCGAUGGGAUUGCAGAACCCAUGGAAACGGCAGAGUCUACAGGAACAGAAGAGUCGGAGGAAAUGGGAAAAGCAGUCCGGGCUCUAGAGAUCGUAGAGAGUGAGGUGACUGUGGAGACUGAUACUGUGUCGCCUAAAGUGCCUGUGAUGAUCCGAAAGGAACGCUCAAUGUAUUAUGGGACUAGGAACAGGCUCUUUGUGUUCAGGAAAGCAGAACAGGAGAAAAUCAUCCAACUUUUGCAUUUGAAUGGAGGAAAGAAUGGAGAGCAUGCUGGUCGUGACAGGAUUUACAACAUGAUUGGCCGUCACUUCUUCUGGCGGGGGCUUAGGGAUCACAUCAUGUUUGUCAUCAUGAAGUGUAAGAGAUGUCACAGGAAGAAAACUGCAGGCAAGAGCACAGACUACGCCCUCUAUCUUCAAGACUUGUACAAUAAAUCAAAUGAGGAUGCCUUUGACGAGGAUCUGUCAUCACACCAACUACCGCUGCACAUACAAACCUACCUAGAGAAUGCAUUGAGAAUGGAGGCUGAGUGGGAGGCAGAGGAUCACAGACAAGGGACCAUCGUGAAUUCUAACGGGUCUUUCACUGAAGCAGAUCAAGCUGUGCAUGGUCUCGUCAAGGAUACAGCCACCGAAGAGUCCAGACUGGCCGAUGGAGACAUUUUCUGUCGUCAUCCAUGCGAUUCUUGCCACAGGAGGUUCAGAGACAGGGACAGCUUACGUCGCCACAAGUGGGCUCAACACACAGGGAGGAGAUCAUCCGUCGAGUGUACGGUGUGUGGGAAGAAGACCAAAGAUCUGCUCACUCACAUGCGGUGUCAUACCAAAGAGAGACCCUUAGAGUGUGAACUAUGCAAUAAACGCUUCCGGUACAGGGGCGGACUCACUCACCACAGGAAAGUACACGCCGGGCUCAGGCCUUUUUCAUGUCCAGAGUGCCCCCAGCGAUAUGUUUCUCGUAGUGACUUGAAUAAUCACUUCAAGUCUUGCCAUGAAGGCAGCGGAGAAUACCAAUGCGAGGUUUGUGGGAAGAGCUUUGUUACGCAAGUGAGGCUGGAUAAACAUAAAAAGCUUCACGAGGAAUCGAGGGAGACGUUCGUCUGCGACAUCUGCGGGAAGGUCCUCGCGAGUGCCUUCACCCUCAAGUUCCAUAUGCACAUCCACACGGGGGAGAGGCACGUCCUGUGUGAAGUGUGCGGGAAAGGCUUCAAGAAGAAGUGCGACCUUUCCAAACACAUGAACCACCACAUGGGUAUCAAACCCCAUCAGUGCCAUCUAUGUCAGCAACGCUUCUGCCUGAAGAGUGAUCUUGAGGAUCAUGUGAGGGGUCAUGAAGGGGCAUCCCUCUACCAGUGUGACGUGUGCGACAAGAAAUUCAAGAACAAGCGCAGCGUGGCAAGGUGUAAGAGGAGACAUGCUGCUCAAGCUUCCGCGGCAGCCGAGGAAGCCUUCCAGUGCAAUACUUGUGGAGAUGUAAUGGGGACGUUGGUGGAAUUUACGCAGCAUAUGGAUGCCCAUGUACAUGCAGGAGAGCAAGUUAUCCAGCAGGAAGUGGAGAUUGAAUAGAAACUUUUCAUUGUUGGUGCUGCGAGGAAUGUUAUGAAUGUGAUGCAAGUGUUUUUACUGGGUUCGUUAUGUAUCCACAGCCCUGUGACUGUAUAGUGGUACAUGUAUACUGGUAUAGGGGUUGAUUAAAAUUUGAUUUGGUUGACGAUAAACAUUGUAUCAUGAAAACAGAAGUAAAUUUGAAGCGAUAAAAAGAAGAUAGAAAAGAAAAAAAUUUUGAUACAUGUACAUUUGGAGUGAAAUAUACCUGGAAGCAGCAAGUAAUUGAACUCAGGAAAAGGUCCAAAGAACUCUGGUAAAUUGAAAGCUCUAGGGUGAGAAAAAUAAAGUACAG